AUGUAUCAGUUUCUCACUGAAAGUGAUUUACCAGCAAUUGGGGGCUCUAAUGAUACCAAAAUUUGGACUGCAGACUUAACUGGUAAUUUUACCGUGGCAAAUGAUGUGGAGCAAAUAAGGAAGAAAUUUCCAAUACUGGAUUGGGCUAAAUAUGUGUGGAGUCCAUGUAUCCACCCUUGUACAUCUUGUAAUCUGUGGAAGGUGUUAAGAGUCGCUUGUGUAACUGAGGAGAGUGUUAGGAAAAAAGGAUUCAACACUGUUUCUAAAUGCUAUCUUUGUGGGAAUGGACAAGACAAUAUGCAACACAUUUUAUGGGAAUGCAGCUUCAGUACUGAAAUUUGGAGAUGGAUUGGAGGUAUGUUUCACAUUUCUAAUCCUACAAAAUCUUAUGAUGUUAUUAAAUGUGUAAAACACCACAGUUCAGCAAUAAGACAAAUCUGGUACAUAGUUACUUUCAAAAUAAUUGUUGAACUGUGGCUGACAAGAAAUUUGAAGAUGCAUGAAGAUAUCAUUCCCAAGACAGACACUUUCAAGCACAAAAUAAUGAGUUUCACAAAAAAGUGUGAAAUGAGAAUAAAAAGAACUAUGAAGAACCGUGUAUCAGAUUUAAAUAUAAUAAUGAGCUUUGGCAUUAGAGGUAUCAAGUGCAAAAAUUCUGCAAUAAAUGAAGUUUUCUUCAAGUUGCCUGCUCUAAACCAAAUAUUAAUAAGUUAUGAUGGGGCUUCAAAAGGCAACCCUGGGAUAGCAGGUUUUGGUUUUAUGGGGAGAAAUAGUGAUGGUAGUUGCUUGGGUGCAGUUUGUGGGGGUUUGGAUAUAGCCACCAAUUACAUUGCAGAGGUGAUGGCCCUGGUGACUGCAGGGCAAUGGGCAGUAAGGAAACAAUUCAUGGAUGUAUAUUUCAGCUUAGACUCCAGAGCAGUUUUGGUACCUUUUUCCAGUGGAAAAGUUCCUUGGAUUGUUCUAAAUAGAUGGAAGAAGGUUACAGAAAACUUGAGAAGCAUAUCUUUUAGGCAUUCAUAUAGGGAAAUUAAUUUUUCUGCAGAUAAGUUAGCAAAACAUGGUGUUAAUCUCAACAGGGGUGAAAUCAGAUUUUAUUACAGGACAACCAAUUUUUUUAGGAAUAAUGGAAUGUGA